AUGUCACUCCCAAUUCUCGACCACUUCGCUAUCCUGGUCUCUUACCAAACCCUCCAAACCGUAACCCAAAACCUCUCCAAAUCUCUCCUAGUCAUCGACGGCGGCGCCCACGCAGACGGCCUCACAGUCAACAAACUAAUCCACCUCGCUGACGGAACCUAUCUCGAGUUCAUCGCCUUCGUAGAAGGCGUAGACCCCGAAAAGCGCCGCGCUCACAGAUGGGGAAAUCUCGAAGAGGGCAAGAUUGCUGAUUGGGCGCAUACCCUUCACAGUGAAGCCGAGUACGCCGCUCUUCAGAAACGGGUCGCUGAUGCGGGGAAUGGAAUCACCUACGGAGAUCUCACUUCGCUUCAGAGACAUAGACCUGAUGGUGUGUUGAUGAAGUGUCGCGUUUCAGUGGCACUUGAUCCAAACAGUAACAGAAUUUUCCCUGGGACGAUCCCGUUUUGGUGCGUUGACGAGACGGAGAGACAUUUGCGAUCGCCGUUCAAGGCGGAGGGUGGUGACGGGCUUCAUGAAUAUACCAAACAUCCUUCUCACGCAAAGGGUGUUUCACGAGUCACUGUGUUGCUGCCCGAGAAGGAUAUCGCUACGUACAAGCCUGUGUACAACGCUAUUCACAAUCAAAAGGCUGCGGACGGGGAGUGGCCGUAUGAUCUUCCUGCUGGACCUAAUGAGGGGAGUAACAAGGUUGUUUUGUCGACGCUUCAGGGUGGGAAUGGGAAGGCAGAGAUCAAGUUGACUCUUUUGGGAACGAAGGAUAGUCCUGAGUCUAUUGAGCUUCUUCCGGGGUUGACUGUGGACUUUGAGCGCAAGGCAUAA